UGCAUAAGCGGUCCAUUGUCUACGAACGAAGGUUAACGGCGAAGCGAAAUGCACGGGUAUAAAAGGGCGUCCGCCCCAAUCCUGCAUCAGUCAUCCCAGCAGCCUUAUCUUGGAGUGCCGAGGAAGACCAGGACUGCAGCCAUGAAGCUUUUGGUAGCAAUGUGUCUGAUGGCGGCGGGCGUCAGCGCCCAGUAUGGCCACGGCGGUGUUGUCUAUCCUGACGGAAGGCAGCACCAGUUCACCCGCGAGCAGGCUGACAACAUCGCCGUCGUCGGCUCGUCGGGCGUGAUCAUGAAGGACGGGUCUCACGUUCAGUUUGGCCAAGAUAUGGCUGCCCUCCACAACAACUUCCCUCGCCACCGCCGCAGCAAUCCCCAUGUGCUGUCCCAUGGUCCCUCGGGAAUAAUAUUCAAAGACGGCACACAGAAGCAGCUGGCCCGUGGCACAACCUUGGUUCACAGCAGUGCCUCCGGGACUGUGUUCUCCGACGGAUACAACAUCCAGCACAGCGCAAAGAAGCGAUCGGCCGCCCUUGUCGGCGACUCAGCGGUCAUCACUCCCGGAGGAAAGAUGAUUCAGCUAGGUCAUGGCGUCUCUGUCCUCCUGGCCGGCCCCUCCGCAGUCAGGCUGAGCAAUGGCAAGGUCAUCCAGUAUGAACAUUAGUCUUUUCAUCGGCUUCGUCGCCGCCAGGAGGCUGCUGGAUGCAACUGACGUGACCGCCUUGAGACAUCUGGUGACCCGAGGUCAUACAUUUUGUUAAAUGAACUUAGCUGCCGAAUUGGGCAGUUUUUUUUCUUUCAUAAUGUGUUGAUCGACGUCUUUUAGUAACAACAUUUUUUUUUUUUGCAUUCUGUACAAUAAACACAUAUCUGCAACUAGAAAUGAGAAA